UCCCUCCUUCCAAUUUUGUUCUUUAGUACAGGAAGUUGCCAUUACUCACCCAUUCGAAGGACUCGCAAGUUGGAGAGAAGAAAAACCCCGAAGUUAGGAGGCAACAGCAGUCCGCUUUUUCCCUACUGAAUGUAACUUGUGUCUUCGUUGAGUUCUGCAACAUUGCAAUAUUCAGCCGUUAUACUUCGCUGGUAAAUUAUAUUCGUUAUGGCUGAUACAGAUGCCAGUGUCGCUGCGGGCUGCCUGGAGAAACUGAAGGGCUACGUGAAGACCCGAAAAGGAACUAUUCUUGCUGCAGAAAUACUCAUCAGUUUUAUCAUCCUAAUCUGCUAUGCUGCAUCAUUGUAUGGAGGUUAUUCUGCAGUGGCCAUCUGUGAGAUGGUGUUCGCCAUCAUCUUCUUUGUCGUCUUCAUGAUGGAAAUGGACAAGUCCUUCCAGGUGGUCAACUGGAUCUGGAGUGAUCUUAUCCGUGCUACUAUUGGUGCAGCCCUGUACCUUAUCACCUCUCUGAUCUGUGUGAUUGGUGGAGCCGGGGACGGCGCCCGUAUUGCAGGAGGGGUGUUUGGCCUGCUGGCUGGGAUCCUGUUUGCCUAUGAUGCCUACACCAUCUUUCUGGUCAUCAAGAGCACCAGGCAGCACACAGCAACGCCCACUGGUGGGUGAUUUAGAUAAGACGACAGAGUUUAAGCACUCAAAGCUAUACCCCCCAAAAAAGAAAAAGGAAGUUUGUGCAGGAGGAGUCGACAAUGAAGAGAGAAAGAAGUGCAGCAGGUUGGAAGGAAGUUUGAUGCUCAAAUGAAGAGAUUAAUAGCAGAAAUUAACCAAUGUUGGGGUCAGAAGAGAGAAACAUCUACCGUACAUCUAUAGCUGACCCAGAGGAGAAUGUUACACUGCAUUGAGAUCUGCAUGUUCAAAAGAAUUAUGUCAAUUCCAGGAGGGAUUCCCUUGACAAGCGUUAUUCCAGUCUCGGUGUACAAUUCUACCAUCUACCGAAAAGGGAAAGAUGUAAAUAUUAUGCAGCAUAAGAAGGUGAAAAGCUUUGGUCAGUUUUCAUACAUCAUUUGUUUUCUGAUCUAAUUAAUUAAUGUGUCAAAAGAUGUCUGUUUGUAUUACAUCCACUACUAAAGGUUUGGUUUGUAUUAGUAAUGAGAUUGUAGUAUUACAUCCAUAGAGGUGCUCAGAUUAAUAUAACAUAAUGUAACAUCAGCUGUUUACCUUUGCAGUUUUAGUACAAAUUACUACAAACGGCAUUCUUUCUGCAUCAUCAACAUUUCACCUCAGCGGCAAAGCCCUUUCAAUAUUCCCACUUUAAUAUAUUAUAAUUGUGCUGGUCAAAUUUAGCUGCCACUUAGUCAAUGUUCUCCUUGUGACCAGUGAUAUCGUUAGCUACACUGAGUGUACAAAACAUUAGCAACACCAUCCUACUAUUGAAUUGUACCCCCAUUUGCCCUCAGAACAGCCUCAAUUUGUCAGGGCAUGGACUCUACAAGAUGUCGAAAGCAUUCUACAGGGAUGCUGGCCCCAUGUUGACCCCAAUGCUUCCCACAGUUGUGUCAAGUUGGCUGGAUGUCCUUUGGGUGGUGGACCGUUCUUGAUACACACGGCAAACUGUUGAGCAUGAAAAGCCCAGCAGUGUUGCAGAUCUUGACACACUCAAACCGGUGGGCCUGGCAUCUACUACCAUACUCUGUUCAAAGGCACUUAAAUAUUUUGUCUUGCCCAUUCACCCUCUGAAUGGCACACACAAUCCAUGUCUCAAUUAUCUCCUCCCCUUCAUCUACACUGAUUGAAGUGGAUUUAACAAGUGAUAUGAAUAAGGGAUCAUAGCUUUCACCUGGAUUCACCUGGUCAGUCUGUCAUGGAAAGAGGAGUUCGUAAUGUUUUGUACACUCUGCAUAGUGCUAUUUGUACAGUAAUGCAUACUAUCAAUAGAGCUCUACAUCUCUCACACAGUGCCUUUAAUACAGCAUUUGUUGUAGCCUACCUGGAAACAUUUGUAGUGCCUUCAUUUUAUGGGUUGUUAUUUUGCCUCUCUUCUCGACUAGCACUGUUACUGACCACCAUUCAUUCUGCCCCCAUAGUAAGGUUAAUGUUCCUUUGCCACCAAAGAACUUCUCGUUAGUAGGCUACUCUUGCCAUAGGAAACACACAUGUUUUCAUCAUCCUGGUUUUCACAAAUCUAACUCAGGUUAAGUGUGUUUCUUACCUGUUUUUUUGUGUAUUUUUUAACCAAUGGUAAAGAAGAUAUUUUAAUGACAUUUUGUGUUGUACAAGAGAAAUGUUACCUCAGUUAGUGCACCAUUGUUAAGGGAUUUAGACAGUCUGUAUGCAGUUAUAGAAAACUCUUAAAUUGUUUAUUUAGAAUAAGCAGUUCAUUAAAUUAAUUAGCAGAGAAGGUUAUUUUAUCAACUGUGUGGUUGACAUUUCAGGAACCAUAUGUUAUAAUUUUAAUAUGCUUUAGUAAAUGCUACCUUGCCUCCGAAAUAUAAAAUUAAUUUUGCAAGGUAUAAUUUGGCCUCAGUGUUUUAUUUCUAACAGGAUUUUUAAUUUCUUGUUUCAUCCUUUUUGUGUGUUUGAAACACUGCAUUCACAAUGCUUUGCACAAUAAAAGCCAUUUGUUUUACUCUAAA